CAAAGCACAAUUGGACCAAAUUAAGUUCAAGUGCCCAAUAUUUUGUCGAAAUUACCACCUUUGGCCCAAACCCUCUUCUCUUUGAUUUCCUAUCCAACCACCCACUGUCGUCAAGAUGGUGUCCGCCGCCCCCCCUACCCUCCCCGUGCCCCUCGCCGGCCUGGUCAAGCAUAUUGGCGAGCACCCGGACACGUCGAUGGUGGAGAUGUUGGAACCGUUUCGCAACUAUGAGGCCCAUCUCCGCCAGGCUUUCGCCCAAGAUCCCGACAAUGAGCUACUCAAGGAUCCCCAUGUCAACGUCUUGCCUGUCUUCACCGAAGACACCCACAACAUCAAGAUCAGAGCCCGCAACCUUGAGGCCGAAUCGAGCGAGGAGAAGUCCAAGUACAUUAUGCCUCUUUCUGCGGGAGUUCGACGCCUGGACAACUCUCCCGCCGUUGUUCAGUCCUUCAAGGAGUUCCAGCGCAACUUCAAUGUCUUUUCUGAGUCGUCGGUCGUCGAACUCGACUGGGACAAUGUGGUCGCAGCGGGAUCCUCCGUUGUUAACACUCUACUCCCUGUUCCGGACGAGUAUAACGGCUCCAAGCGUGGCCUCCGCGAGUUCUACCAUCAGAAGUUCUCGCCUGCUUCCGAUGUUGACCUGUUCUUGUAUGGCCUUACCGAAGAGCAGGCCAUCGAGAAGAUCAAGGCUAUCGAGGCCCGCGUCCGCGAUGCUCUUCUGACAGAGACCACUGUCGUCAGAACUAAGCAUGCCGUCACCAUCUGCAGCCAGUAUCCGACUCGUCACAUUCAGAUUGUUCUACGAAUCUACAAAUCCGUCUCCGAAAUCCUGACUGGUUUCGACAUCGACUGCUCAGGGGCCGCCUACGACGGCAAGCAGGUUUACUGCACCCCCCGCGCUCUGCAGUCGUACAUGACCCAGGUCAACCACAUCGACCUAUCCCGCCGCAGCCCGUCAUACGAGAACCGCCUCUCCAAGUACAGUCACAGGGGUUUUGAGGUAUACUGGCCCAACUUUGACCGUUCCCGAGUCGAUCCAACCAUCUUUGAGCGGAGCUUUAAGAGGACUCUCGGGCUCGCAAAACUUCUCGUUCUGGAGCGGCUUCCUACGCCCAGCGCGAGAGAUGCUUACCAGGACAAGCGCCGUGAGGAGAGAGGCCGCCCUCGUCUUGACCGCUAUUACCGCCGCUUUCGAUCCCUUGGCGGCAACAUCAAGGAAUACCACGAGGAUGAGGUGGCUGAUUGGUUUAACGAGGAGGAGGUUUCCAACUACCACACUUUCGCAAUCCCUUACGGCGAAAAGUUUAACGCCAAGCGGAUCGAGAAGCUCUGCUACACCAGGGACCUCUUGCUCAAUGCAGAGUGGAACCAGCCUGAUGACAGGGAGGUUUAUCUCCAUCGCCACCCGGCCUUCUUCGGCCGCGUCGAAGACGUGGUCAAAGAUUGCUGCGGGUACUGCCCAGUCCCCAAAACAGCCGAAGAAAAGGAGGUCGCGGAAGAGGAAGACAAGGUCUUUGUUUCAGGCAAGGUAUCGUUCAUGAAGGACGACCCCGGCAGACAGGAAAUCGGCUCCUUCAACCCCCUAACAGAUGAUGAUUGGACCGAGAUGGCCUAUGUCGGCAACACAGCUCGACUCUGCCAGGCCAUCGUGGAUGAGGACCUCGAUCACGUCGUGGACUGGCUCGCCCAGGAAGGCGCCGACCCCAACACCCGUGACUACACUGGCCGGACUCCGCUGCAUCUGGCGGCGAUGAGCUCCACGCCCGAGGUUGUUCGAGCACUCGUUAAUGCCGGCGCUCGUCUUGUGGCCCGCGUAGCGGACGGCCGAACCGCACUCCAUCUCGCAGCAGCCCGUGGUAACGUGGACAUCGUCAAGAUUCUCUUGGACAAGAGUGCCGCCAACGAAGCCGAGCAUGAGGAGAAGCAAGACCAGCGUCGCCGGGAUAACAACGCGAUGGAGACCGACGACGCGAAAGCUGAGAGCAAGAAGGCUGAUGACGCCGACGAGUCCGACGGCGAGCUUAUUGACGGGGACGAUUCCGACGACGAAGCCCAGAGCAUGGCAACAGGAUCUUUUGUCAAGGUCGCAAAGAAGGAACCCGAGGCGCUCGACGAAAUCGCGCUUCAAGAUGCCGAGGAGGAGCCCGACUUCUACGACAUCAAUGUGGUCGCCUGGGAUAGGCCUUGCUCGGCCUUGCACUUUGCAAUUGUUGAAGGUCAUGUCGAGGUUGUGAGGACCUUGGUUCAGGAAUACGGCGCCGACGUUCUCAUGCCAGUCAAAUUUGGAGACCAGUCGAAGACAACCUACGAUGCCCUGCUCACCCUGGUUCUCGCGCUUGCCCUCCCUGUGGAAAAGGCAAAGGAGAUGACCAAGGUGCUUCUUAGUCUUGGGGCUACUUCAGCCCAAGCGGACAAGAAUGGCGCCACUGCUUUCCACCGCUACGUCACAGCAAACGCGGAAUCACUCCUCGACACAUUAUGGGAAGCUGAUCCGGUUGGUGCUAACACGGCUAUCCAUCAUAUCGCCUUUCCCGGCCCGUCCGACUGCGAGAGCCCGUUGCAGGCCGCUCUCAAGAACGGAAAUCUGGGCUUGAUCUUGAAGUUGCUCGACCGCGGUGCCGUCACACAGAUCGAGUUCGAGGCCUGGCUCAAAUCGGCGAAGCAAUCCACGGCAAUGGAGUACCAACUACACACCUUUGAAGACAACCAGAAACGUUACAAACAGAUGGUGCAACAGCCUUUGAUCCUCGCAUUGCAAUCAUCCAACCCCGAAGUUGCCAUCGACCUCUUAGAGCGCGGCGCAGACCCCAACGUUGUGGAAAACUCAGCGCAGUAUUCCAUGCUGGCAACUUGGCACUCUCGAUUCUCAGGCGGGUCUGCGUUGGACAUUGCAAACAACCAAAUCAAGGAUCUCGAUGAAUAUAAAGAAAACACCGCCGCGAGGACAACUCGUCCCACUAUGCGUGAAGGAGCCGAUACCUACCUCGAGAAGUUCGAAGAGGGGACAUACGAGCACUGGGUCGUAUCCAAGGAGAUCAGCAGACUGAAGAAGUCGUACGACCGGGACCUCAAGAAGUACGAAAAGAACAAGGUCUUGGACGACCGCGCUUCUGGGUUCAAGGAGAAAAAGGCGGCGAUUGCGGAAGCCAAGAAGCGGAUGGAGAAGGUCAGGGACGCGUUGCUUGCCAAAGGAGCCAAGACAUUCGUGGAAAUCUACCCCGAGUUCAAGGACCUCCUGGAUACCUCGAGGUAUCGAGGCUACUCUCCCGUCAACCAGGACUCCACCGGGCCUUUCAAGUACAACUUUUCCUUUAGGAACGUCAUUGACGCGACUGGCGCGAGGAACGUCGCCUACCUCAAGCUGUUCAAUGCUGCCUUCAAAGGCGACCUCGAUACCAUCAAGAAGCUGACAUUGGCCUCCUGGGACGACGCCAAAGAGGAAGCGCCCCUCAAGAUCGCUGUCUACGACCAACAAUACAACAACCCAUUCUCGCUUGCCUAUGCACACGGCCACUACGAUGUGGCGAAGGCAGUUCUCGAGAUUGCGCAGGCUCAGUACUCCCCGGAAGAGAAACCCAAGACGCGUUACACGAUGCAGACUGCCGACGACGAAUACUCGGGUGACGACUCGGAUGAUGCAUCUAUGCACAGCGAUGAUUCUGGACCAAAGAUACAGAGUCGCAUCAUCGACGGGCAGUUCACAAUCGACAACGUGGGACAGUUGUCGAUGAAGGUGAACAGCCGCACCAAGCCGCUACAGAUGGUGGGCUGGACAUCUCCCUUAAACAAGGCCAUCUCCGAGAACGACAUGCCAAAAUUGAAGUUUCUCCUUGACCUCUACGAGCACUGGAGCGCCCAAAAGCUCGAUUCGGACGAUGAGGCUUCCGGCUUCUUCACCUUCCCUGACCACGCGUUUACGCUUGCGGUCGAAUUAGGCCGUGUGGAGCUGCUUGGGGAGAUCAUCAAGCGCACCGGCGCUGGGCUGCCCUUGGAGCAUCUGGUGGAAGGCACAGGCGUAGAGCUAAAAGUCAAGCCGCAGUAUUACCAGGGGCUGACGGUCUACGGAAAGAAGAGGGAUGACUGGGCUCAAGCUGGCCGGCCCAUGCUUCGCAGAGCAGGUGGUACUCGAACCUCGCCCCUUCUGCUUGGUGCUUUUGCAGCUCGGAUCGAAACCGUGGAGUGGUUUCUCAGCGACACCCCGUUGAGGCACUAUCUUACGUUCGCCAAGUCUAAGGCAGCCCGCGACGACGUGAGGCUGAAGCAUCUAGCUCAAGCUCCGGGUGGAUUCGAUGGCGCCAUCUCUAAGUGGCUCGAUGACCAGAGCGAACUGGUCCUCCACGCUGCCAUCUAUGCUCCCCCAACUAGGAGAGCCAUUGAGUUGGUGACGUAUCUUGUCAAGGCCCAGCCGUCUUUGCUGGAUGUGAAGGCAGCGAACGGUGCAACGCCGCUUCUCCUCGCGUACCGCUUGGGUCGGCUCGAUGUUGCCGGGAUUCUAAUCGAAGCCGGAGCCGACCAAACCACCAAGGAUCAGGCGCGGAAUAAUCUUCUACAUGUCGCCCUGUACGGCGUUCCAGAUGCGAAGAUAUUGAAGCCGAUGUUGGAUCUCCUCGACCGCAGCACACUCAUCCCGAUGCUGAAGGAGCGGAACAAGCUCGAACAAGAAGGCCGAACACCCCUGCACCAAUACUGCUAUGCCACCAAACACUAUGUUGGCAAGGCCGCCAACAAGGUGAUUCGUAUGAUCAAAAUGUUCAUCGAUAUUUCGCAAGAAGCCACCAACCAAGCUUUCAAGACCCUCGAUGGCACUGGAGACACCCCUCUGCACACCUUGCUAGCUACGGACGCGGACCCAGCCAUUGUCCGCGCCGUCAUCGACUUCGAUUCGAGCCUUUUGUGCUGCGAGAACGCCGUUGGUCGCACGCCCGCCGAAGUUGCCCAUGACCGUUAUCUCUCGAUCCACGUCAGAGCACCGGUCCACAACUAUUAUCGAAGAGACGAGUCACUUUCAUCGUUGGUGACCCAGCACCCCCCUACAUUCAUCAAGGAGAGGGAGUGCGACGAGCCCAAGGAGCACGAGUCGACGACAACCGUCGCCAAGAAUUGGCGUUUGUGCGCCGACAUCAUGGCGCGCAAUGGCCAGCCCAAGCGAACGCUGGUCAGCCUCAACUCGGCCAACUUUGUCGCGAAGCGACUCGGCGAACAGAACACGACGAGGGACCGUUACCAGUUCAAGCUGGUGAAUACCGAUGAGAAUGCCGCUGCGGCGUCGAGCAGUUCCCAGGACGGCGACAGCCAGGUUGGCGAUGCACCAAGCGCCGAGGUCAACGCCCCUGCCAAUGCCACCGCGAAGAAGACCAAGCCCCGGAAGGCGGACGUCGUCUCUGAGAGGUACUACCAAGUCACCAACUCGUGGGCGCGCCCUCGGAAGCAGGAGGAGGAGACCAACGACGACGCGGGCGCCAACAGUGACAGCGAUGAGAGCGUGAAGGAUAAGGAUGAGGACGAGGACGACGACCUGUUCCCGGUCUGCGGCAAGUGCGGCGAGCGCCACUACCGACUUUGGGUCGCUGAAGUGACGACGAACUUGAAGAACGUGCAGAGCUCGGAGGACACUGAGAUGUCGUAGUUGACGGAAGCAACGGAGGUGUAGUUGAUGAUUUUGGGACCGGGCCAUCCAUGCAGAUAUCAAUGGCGAACUAGAGACGAGCUAUGAGCUCUCGCUAUGCAGAACUUGCAAGUUAGUUAUGACAUGACCGGGAGAGAAGGUCGUGAGCAGACUUGAGAGAAUCAAAUGAAAUCUCAGCCACAUCUUAAUGUUAAACACC